AUGGAUAUAUCAGAACAUGAUGAUUAUUUAACAGAUAAUGGCUUAUGUUAUGCAAAAGUUCUUCUUAUUCUUCGAGUUACUUCAAUAAAGCUAGAGCGAAAUCUUGAACUUGCUCUUGUUUAUUGGUAUGAUUUUGCAUAUCCAAAUAAUACAACACGUCAUUAUUUCUAUAAACAUGCAGUUCUUAAGCAUGUCGAGCAUUAUACUUUAAUUCCUAUUGCUUCAAUUGCAAAUAUAGUUUCAAAUGCUUAUUGGAUAAUUAUAUUUGAUAAAUACAGGGCCAACAUUAGGCCAACUUCCUUUGGUACUGCGGAAGAUAAGCCAGCUGUUUAG